AUGGCAUACCGAGUCCCCCAACACAGAUUGACAUCAACUCCUCAAACACAACAACCCAAAGAUCGACCGUCCCUCUCCGGCAGUGCCUUUGGCCAAUCUGCUACCGCCGGCUCUGAAGAAUGGGUCGUCUUCUCUCCAACCUCCGAUGCUCAGACCGUCAAGACUCCGACGUCUGGUAGAGUCAGUCGGAUCAGCGAUCUAGGCUCGUUACAAUACGAUAGCUAUGAUGAUGAAUUGGAGGACGAGGAAGAAUCGCAGGCCGAUGGCAUGGGCGAUGAGGAAGAGGAGGACGAGGAGGAGGAAGAUGAUGACGAGGACUAUGACGAAGAUAUAGACCUGCACGGCUUUCAGAAUCCGUACCAUCAGGGACCGGUUAUGCUACCGCAACAUGAUGGAUUAGGGACUUUCCCAUCGGCCGUCAGCAGGCAGGGUUCGCUCGAAAAAUAUGAACCGGAACCGGCUAUACUACCGUCGCGUAAUUCGUUCACCAAUGCCAGAAUACAGGCGUGGAGAAUGGAGCAAUCGAGGAUCCUACUGGACGAAAUCGAACGAGCGACGAAAGGCAGGCUAGGUUUGAGGCAAACCGAGGCCGAACGAUUGGAAGAGGAUAUGGCUACAAUGAGUGACGUUGGUUUGGAAGAAGCGAACGAGAGGGCAUUGGCCGACGAUGCUGUGGACAAUGCGACCUUCUGGGAAAGAAUCAGGAGAAAGUUGGUCCAAGACAUAAUGGGAUUGGAUGACAUGGUCCUUCAGAUAAUCUUCGGGGAAGCUCUCCCUGCGGAAUUCGAGAAGAGCAUAUCGGGUGCAUCCACACCCACUGCAACUGAGGGAACUGGGUUGAAGCGGAUGGAUGCUAUGUGGGAAGAGAGGCUCUUCGAGAGAUUGGCACGUGAGCUGGGCGUUUUGGCACAAUAUUAUACUCCAGACGUCGCGAAGGCUGCGUUCUCAACGUAUGUCACUGGGGGCGCCCAGGAUUCCACGGGAGUACCUUCUAUAGCUGCCAAACCCAGAAGCAUCGGGCCCGGAACACCACUCUAUGCCCUAUACCCUUCCCUCAGGUCGUCGACUUCCUUCUCGACGCUUGACCCCCUAUCAUCAACCCGUCAAUUCCGUCCCACGAUUGACGGCGAAGAUGACACCGAUAGUCAUGCCGCUAACUGGGGCAUUGAAGACCGGCCGCUGACUUCGUCUCUGCAUUCGGCAUCGUCCGAGGCCCGUGUUGACGCUGAAAUUGUCCGAGAGUACUGGGAGAAGGAACUAAAUGUACGCAUGCUCUUCUCCUACCUUAAAUCCAAGCUUGCCACCGCACCAACGGCCAUCCAAGCAUCUCCUGCUACUGCCCCCACAACGCGCCGCCCUUCGGCUUCGUCCACUGCCACCGCUAGGACGGUACCUGCCAUCAACUAUAGGUACUCCUCCGCCAGCUUGAAUCAACCUUUACACCAACAACAUCCACUGAUUUCGCAUGCCCAGACCGUGAAUAAUACUACGAAGGCGAAGAGAAUCUCGCCGAUUGCAUCGUUGACUUCGGUUUUGGGUGUCGGUAUGGGAGGGUUCCGAUCGGGGAGUAGCUGUGCAUCGCAGUCAACGACUAAGAAGUCCGGACCGAAAGUGGCAUCUAAGGGAACCGUUUCGUCCAAGCAUUUCUGGGACGUCGGCUCUACGGUUGGAAGCAGCAGAAGCUCGUGUGUGGGUGGACCCGUUUGGGCAGACGUAUAG